AUGUCUCAAAGCGUGACGCAGUCCUCUUCCUACGCGUCCCAGAAAGCCACUGCUGCAGAUCUAUCGAUCUUCGAGAAGUUGGAUUUACUCCCUGCCGUUGCAGUUUCAUGGGCGAAUGCAUUUGCGGCAAUCUUCACAGGGGUCUUCAGACCCAAGAGCCAGAGACCGUCGUCUUAUUAUCGAUAUGUGAAUCUCACGUUUCUGAGGACCAUCACGAGGAGAACGACGGCGAGACAGCAGCAUUAUAUGACGCCGCCAACAGACGAUGCGUAUAUAGCAGUAUGCAAGAAGCGAAACUUUACUCCCAACAGUGAGAUAUUAGAGGAUGGCACUCGAGCGCAUUGGAUCGGGAGCAGCAAAGCCGAGAAACUGGUUCUGAAUUUCCACGGAGGGGGAUACGUGGUGCCCGCUUCCACGGCAAUGUUCGAAUUCAUGUUUCAAAUCGUCGAUACACUGAAAGCCCAGGGCAAGGACAUAGCCGUACUAAUGCUCUCCUACGAUCUCGCCCCGGGCCGUCCCUAUCCGCGACAACUCCAACAAGCAUCCGCGCUGCUCAACCACGUACUUUUGAACCUGAACUACCGACCGCAGAACAUUCUCCUAAGCGGCGACUCAGCCGGUGCAAAUCUCGUUCUCUCUUUACUCUCGCACCUCUCACACCCACACCCCUCCACGACUCUCCGCAUCCCGGCCAUCACACUAUCCGCCCCUCUCCGCGGCGCCGUCCUCAUCUCGCCCUGGGUAUCCUUCAACACGCAGACCCCCUCCUUCCUCAGCAACGCCUACAAAGACAGUCUCACACCCACCGCACUGCACUCCUUCUCUACAUCAUUCCUCUCUCACCAACCCCCCGAUUAUUACAACGAGCCCCUCUCCGCGCCGGAAUCUUGGUGGUCUGAUAUGCCAAUCGAUGAGAUCCUGAUCGUUGCUGGCGAAGACGAGGUUCUGAUUGAUUCUAUCAGAGCACUGGAUGAGAAACUUAGACUGGCGUUGGGUGACCAGAGGGUGAAGAGGCUGGUUGCGAGGGGUGAGUAUCAUGAUCAGAGUUCGCUGGAUUUGGGCUUUGGGUAUACAGAGAUGGAUGAGGGCGUCCAGGCUAAGAAGAUUAAAUCGUGGAUUGGGAGUAAACUUUGA